AUGACCACACUCAAAGAUCAAAUUGCUGUUGAGCCUAUCGACGCCGACUGCUACCGCUCCGCCGUCACUCCCAUCCGCAUGGGUGAUCUGGCUGACUGGGCCUACGGUGGCAACACCCUGGCCAUCGCGGUCAACGCAGCCUACGCGACAGUGACAGCAGGCCAGCACCUGUACUCUAUCAGUGGUUAUUUCGUACGACCCGCCAGCACAUCGCAGAAGCUCAUCUGCCGCGUUGAACGCAUCCGAGACACACCGACCUUCCAAACAAGACAUCUUCGCGUGGUCCAAUACACUGGGAAAUCCGAACAGCUAUGUCUGAUCGCAACGGCAGAUUUCCACAUCGAUGAGCCGGUGGACAUGGUGAAUUAUUCUGCUCGUCCGCAGCGCCCUGUCCCGUCAUCGCCGGCGACCGAAACAGAGAUAGAGAAAACGCAAGAACCAGGACUCUACAGGAUUCUCGAUGCAAUGAUGGAGCUCCGCCCACACCAUGCCAAACGGCACGAGAAAGACGUCCCGGAUAUUGUCUCAGCUGAGCGGUUCCGAAUUCAUGACGCUCUUCACACCGAGGCUGACCGAAUCGCGGCUCUUGCGUUCUGUAUGGAUCGUGGACUUGCGUACAUUCCCGCGAACCAUUCCGGUUACAACUUGUUUGAGGCCAGUGCCUGUGCGACUCUCGACUUUGCGCUGCGGAUAUUAACUCAUGGGCUUGAUUUGCAGAAUUGGCAUGUUAGCGAGAGACAGACUUGUGGCGCGGGGAAUGCUAGAGCGCUCAGCGAAGGGAGGGUCUUCAAUGGAAACGGCCGGUUACUGGCGAGUAUGACGCAGACGACGAUUCUGAGGCCGAAGAAAGAGGCAUCGAGGAUUUGA